AUGCAUGGAGACUUUUCGUAUUCUAUGGGCGGGUCCAUUGAUGUAUAUUGUCAUGUAAUGGAUAACGAGGAUGGCUGGAAGGAUGUGAAAGACCCUGCUGAAAGAAAGAGGCUGCAGAACCGCUUACGACAGCGAGCAUGGCGUAAGUUACUCUCCUCCCGGGACAGACGUUUAUCGGCUCAGGGCCUUUUGCAUACUGAUUGUAGUCCCUUUACUUUGGGUCACAAGCGGUUGUCCCUGAUCCUGUCAUGUGAAAGAAAGAAAGCCAUUGGUCACAUGAACGAAUCAACUAUAAAUUACUCUCCUUGGAAAGGUUACGGCAUGUUGAUUAACAGCGAUCAACAUCAGCUCUUGGCCAAAUCGACCUCGGGCCCGCUGCACCAUCCUACACACCGAAUACCGGAAAUCGGAGCAGUUCCCAAGAUAUCAAAUAGGCCCAAACUUAUACCUCCGCUGCUAUCUUACACGAAAUAUACCACAUUCGAUGCACCGCCACCUCACAUAGUCUUGCCGCUCUCCCCAGAUCACUGUCUUAUUACCCUGGUUCAGUACAAUGUAAUCCGCGCCAUGCUAUUCAAUGUGGCUAUACUAUCUCUUCUCGAUUAUCUUCCAAAAGGAUGUCCCAACACUUUGAGCAUACCCCAACUCGGUACCAUUCCAGCCCAAGACGUCCCGCCGGAUCUUCAAUAUACUGCUUUGCAACAGACUACACCUCAUUCAUAUUGGAUCAGCGUCAUACCUUUUCCGCAACUGCGAGAUAAUUUGAUCCUUUUGGCUGGCACAUAUGAUGAGUAUGAGUUCUGUUGUGACCUUGGGCUAGGUAUAUAUGAGGGAUUUGAUGAUGUAGAACGCCGUGGCUUUUUGGUUUGGGGUCAAGCCUGGCAUGGACAUGGAUGGGAGAUAAGUGAAGGAUUUAUAAGGAAAUGGGGGUUCUUGCUCAAGGGCUGCUCCGAAUUGAUUGAGUCCACGAACUAUUGGAGGGAACUGCGCGGGGAGGAUAGGCUCAUUGUGGAGAUAUGA